AUGUCUUAUUAACUGAAGGGACUCAAUGCUAAAAGAUUAUAAUAGAUAAAUCAAUCAACAUUCAAGACACGUAAAAGUUAAGAUUAUCCUUGCGACCUUUCUUAUGAAUACCAACCUCGAAACAAUUCUUUCAAACACACUAGAGCUAUUACUCAACAUAAUUAAAGACUAAUAAAUGAGGAUGAAAUAUCAAAGAUGGUAAGACCUUAAACUUCAGAGGGGACCAGACGAAUGAGAAUAAAAGAAAAGCAUACUGAAAUUGGAAAUCUGAAUUCAAACUUAAAAUGUGAUAUACUUGAAUGUGAAAAUGAAGAAGAUAAUUAGUAUAACAUUAUUCAUUUACAAUAGAGAAUAACAAUUAGAGAUAAAUUAUCAUAUUAUAUGUAAUUCAAGUAACACUACUAGAAGCUUAAAACCUAAAAUUCCAUUUUAGACAACUCUCGAUCAAGAUUUUAUAAGUUUGUUCGCCAAUGAUUGA